ACCGCCUGGGCCCGCCCACGGUCAAGAUGGUCCCUGGUCCCGCCUGCGGGCCACUCUGCAGAGACCGCGAUCCCGGGCCAGCUUCCGACGAUGGAGAGGAGGGCUCGGAGCUCCUCCAGAGAGGCCCGCGGGAGAGGCGCCGGAUCCCCCCACAGGGAGAUCAGGAGGGCGAAGACCGAGAGGGGCGGUGGUGGCCGUGGGCGCCGGGACGCCGGGCGGGAGAGGGCGGGGAGCCGGGGGGAGCCCCCAGCGCCCUCAGCCACUGUGGUGGACGUGGAUGAGGUCCGCGGCUCCGGUGAGGAGGGCACCGAGGUGGCGGCGCUGCUGGAGAGCGAGCGGCCCGAGGAAGGUACCAAGUCUUCAGGUUUAGGGGCCUGUGAAUGGCUUCUUGUCCUCACAUCCCUGCUCUUCGUCAUUGUGACCUUCCCUUUUUCUAUCUGGUUCUGCAUAAAGGUUGUACAGGAGUAUGAGAGAGUAAUAAUAUUCCGACUGGGACAUCUACUUCCUGGAAGAGCCAAAGGCCCUGGCCUUUUCUUCUUUCUGCCCUGCCUGGAUACCUACCACAAGGUCGACCUUCGUCUCCAAACUUUGGAGAUACCCUUUCAUGAGGUUGUGACCAAAGACAUGUUUAUAAUGGAGAUAGAUGCCAUCUGCUACUACCGAAUGGAAAAUGCCUCUCUUCUCCUGAGCAGUCUUGCUCACGUGUCCAAAGCUGUCCAGUUUCUUGUGCAAACCACCAUGAAGCGUCUCCUAGCACAUCGGUCCCUCACUGAGAUUCUUCUAGAGAGGAAGAGCAUUGCCCAAGAUAUAAAGGUGGCCUUGGAUUCAGUGACCUGUAUCUGGGGAAUCAAAGUGGAGAGAACAGAAAUUAAGGAUGUGAGGCUGCCGGCCGGGCUCCAGCACUCACUGGCUAUGGAAGCCGAAGCGCAGAGACAGGCCAGAGCGCGGGUGAUCGCUGCCGAAGGGGAGAAGGCCGCCUCCGAGUCCCUGAGAACAGCAGCUGAGAUCCUAGCGGGCACUCCGGCUGCCGCUCAGCUGCGAUACCUCCACACGCUCCAGUCCUUGUCCACAGACAAACCUUCCACAGUGGUUUUGCCUUUGCCGUUCGACUUGCUCAAUUUCCUGUCUUCUCCCAGCAACAGAGCUCAAGGAAGCCUCCCCUUACCAAAUCCUUCCAGACCUGUUGAGCCACCGAAUCCUAAAAGGAAAGACUCUCCCAUGUUAUAGGAAGAGCCAAGGGUAAUGUGACUGGAAGGGGCCUGACUUAUAACAGCCACAUCCCUGAGUCAGGCACUCUGUCCUCACCUCCUGCCCUUUCUUUGGUUGCCAUAUGGAAUGCCCUUGGAAUGCACACAGUCACAAUUCAGGAAUCUGCAUGAGAAGACAAUGAGAUGACGUAAUGACAGAGAAACCAUCUAACAGGUUUAGAUGGAUCAUUUAAUCAGAGUAAUUAUGGGAAGGAGCUUUAGCCAACAUCCUACUUUGGAAAGA